CGCUUCUGAUGCGCACAACCUCUCUGUUCUCUGACCUAACUUUGCUUAGCUUGCGGGUGCGGCUAGGAGCACUGGGAAAGAAGCUAGAGACGGCUCAGGGGGUGACUUGGGGUGUCCUUGGCUGGAUCCGGCUCUAGGGAAGAAGAAGAUCUCAUUGUUGUCCUGGGAUCCAGUGGCGAAAGGAGGCCCCGCCAGCGGGCGCGCGCUCAGUCCCUGCUUCGCAAGCGAUCGAGCGGCCGCCCUGCCAGGCUCUGGUGCCAGGCACCAUGCGGAGGAGCGGGCGCCGCGGGCGGCGGAUCUCCGCGCGGGAAAGGGGCGGGCUGGUGGCCGUGCGCCCUGGCGCUGGGCCAGGCUCGGCGUGAGCAGCGGCGCGAGCGGGCGAUGGGCUGACGGAGCCCCGUGGCGGGCGCGGCGGGGACUGGGGUGGCGGCGGGGGCGGGGACGGGGACGGGCGCGCCAGCACCGGCGGGGCGGCUGCGGGCGCCGCGGAGGAGGUGGAGGCGGCGCCGGGCUCCCCAGGCCGCCUGGUAGGCCAAGGGCCUGCGCCCGGGACGAAUGGGAAGCUGGUUUCCGUGGACUAGCCUCUUACAAUACGAAGUUCCUCGGCUCCUUUAGAAGAGCACUAAAAUAAAAGAGGUAUAAUAAAAGGAACAAAAGGAGAUUCUGGACAUCUCUGUAAAGAGAGGCCUGCAGCAAGAACAGCGAGAGAAGGAACCAACUGUAGAGAGCUCUCGAAGCUUCUCUACCCAUCCUGGGGAACCUGGAGAAAGGAGCUGCUAAAAUCCAGCUUGCCGGGGAAGGAAGAGAUAUGACGGAAGGCCGUCGAUGUCAAGUACAUCUCCUUGAUGACAGGAAGCUGGAGCUCCUAGUACAGCCCAAGCUUUUGGCCAAGGAGCUUCUGGACCUUGUGGCCUCUCAUUUCAACCUGAAGGAGAAGGAAUACUUUGGAAUAGCAUUCACGGAUGAGACGGGACACUUGAACUGGCUCCAACUAGAUCGAAGAGUCCUGGAGCACGACUUCCCCAAAAAGUCUGGGCCGGUGGUUCUGUACUUCUGUGUCAGAUUCUACAUAGAAAGCAUCUCCUACCUGAAGGACAACGCCACCAUUGAGCUUUUCUUCCUGAACGCCAAGUCCUGCAUCUACAAGGAGCUUAUUGAUGUUGACAGUGAAGUAGUGUUUGAGUUAGCUUCCUAUAUUUUACAGGAAGCCAAAGGAGAUUUCUCUAGCAAUGAGGUGGUGAGAAGUGAUCUGAAAAAGCUGCCAGCCCUUCCCACCCAAGCCCUGAAGGAACACCCCUCACUGGCCUACUGUGAAGACAGAGUCAUUGAGUACUACAAGAAGCUGAAUGGCCAGACGAGGGGACAAGCAAUCGUGAACUACAUGAGUAUCGUGGAGUCUCUGCCAACCUACGGUGUUCACUAUUAUGCAGUGAAGGACAAGCAGGGGAUACCAUGGUGGCUGGGACUGAGCUACAAAGGAAUUUUCCAGUAUGACUACCAUGAUAAAGUGAAGCCAAGGAAGAUAUUUCAAUGGAGACAGUUGGAGAAUCUGUAUUUCAGGGAAAAGAAGUUUUCCGUAGAAGUUCAUGACCCUCGCAGGGCUUCAGUGACCAGGAGGACUUUUGGGCACAGUGGCAUUGCCGUGCACACCUGGUAUGCAUGCCCAGCACUAAUCAAGUCCAUUUGGGCGAUGGCGAUUAGCCAGCAUCAGUUCUAUCUGGACAGAAAGCAGAGCAAGUCCAAGAUCCAUGCGGCACGAAGUCUGAGUGAGAUCGCCAUUGACCUAACAGAAACAGGGACCCUGAAGACCUCAAAGCUGGCCAACAUGGGGAGCAAGGGGAAGAUCAUCAGCGGCAGCAGUGGGAGCCUGCUGUCCUCAGGUUCUCAGGAAUCAGAUAGCUCGCAGUCGGCCAAGAAAGACAUGCUGGCUGCCUUGAAAUCCAGGCAGGAAGCUCUGGAGGAGACGCUGCGCCAGAGGCUGGAGGAACUGAAGAGAUUGUGUCUCCGGGAAGCUGAACUCACAGGAAAAUUGCCCGUUGAAUAUCCCCUGGAUCCAGGAGAGGAACCACCUAUUGUUCGGAGGAGAAUUGGAACAGCCUUCAAGCUGGAUGAACAGAAACUCCUGCCUAAAGGAGAGGAAGCGGAGCUAGAACGCCUGGAACGAGAGUUUGCAAUUCAGUCCCAGAUCACCGAGGCUGCCCGCCGCCUAGCCAGUGACCCCAAUGUCAGCAAAAAACUGAAGAAGCAAAGGAAGACCUCUUAUCUCAAUGCGCUGAAGAAGCUGCAGGAGAUCGAAAAUGCAAUCAACGAGAACCGCAUCAAGUCAGGGAAGAAACCCACCCAGAGAGCUUCGCUUGUCAUUGAUGAUGGAAAUAUUGCCAGCGAAGACAGCUCUCUCUCAGAUGCCCUUGUUCUGGAAGAUGAAGACUCUCAGGUUACCAGCACAACAUCCCCCUUACAGUCGCCACACAAGGGACUCCCUCCUCGGCCACCGUCAUCGCACAACAGGCCUCCUCCCCCACAGUCCCUGGAGGGACUCAGGCAGAUGCACUAUCACCGUACCGACUAUGACAAGUCACCCUUAAAGCCCAAAAUGUGGAGCGAGUCGUCUUUAGACGAGCCUUACGAGAAGGUGAAGAAACGCUCUUCCCACGGUCAUUCCAGCAGCCACAAGCGCUUCCCCAGCACAGGAAGCUGUACUGAGGCAGGAGUGAGCAGCUCCUUGCAGAAUAGCCCCAUCCGAAGCCUCCCACACUGGAAUUCCCAGUCUAGCAUGCCAUCCACCCCAGACCUGCGUGUCCGGAGUCCCCACUAUGUUCAUUCCACAAGGUCGGUGGACAUCAGCCCCACAAGACUGCACAGCCUCGCACUGCACUUUAGGCAUCGAAGCUCCAGCCUGGAGUCCCAGGGCAAGCUCCUGGGCUCGGAGAACGACACCGGAAGCCCCGACUUCUACACCCCGAGGACUCGUAGCAGCAAUGGCUCAGACCCCAUGGACGACUGCUCGUCCUGUACCAGCCACUCGAGCUCAGAGCACUACUACCCGGCACAGAUGAACGCCAACUACUCAACGCUAGCAGAGGACUCGCCAUCCAAGGCGCGGCAGCGGCAGCGACAGCGGCAACGGGCAGCAGGCGCACUGGGCUCAGCCAGCUCUGGCAGCAUGCCCAACCUAGCGGCUCGCAGCGGGGCUGCAAGCACUGGAGGUGGCGUGUACCUGCACAGCCAGAGCCAGCCGAGCUCUCAGUACCGCAUUAAGGAGUACCCACUAUAUAUAGAGGGCAGUGCCACACCCGUGGUGGUACGCAGCCUGGAGAGCGACCAGGAGGGCCACUACAGCGUCAAGGCGCAGUUUAAGACCUCCAACUCUUACACGGCUGGUGGUCUGUUCAAAGAGAGCUGGCGUGGGGGUGGCGAUGAGGGCGAUGCAGGCCGCCUUACGCCAUCGCGCUCUCAGAUCCUGCGGACUCCUUCCUUGGGGCGUGACGGCGCCCACGACAAAGGCUCCGGCCGUGCUGCCGUGUCCGAUGAGCUGCGUCAGUGGUACCAGCGCUCCACAGCCUCGCACAAGGAGCACAGCCGCCUGUCGCAUACCAGCUCCACCUCCUCGGACAGUGGCUCUCAGUACAGCACCUCCUCCCAGAGCACCUUCGUGGCGCACAGCAGGGUCACCAGGAUGCCCCAGAUGUGCAAGGCCACGUCAGCUGCCUUACCUCAAAGCCAGAGAAGCUCAACACCAUCAAGUGAGAUUGGAGCCACCCCACCAAGCAGCCCCCACCACAUCCUGACCUGGCAGACUGGGAGCUACAGUGACAGCUGCUUCCUGGAUUCCUCCCUCUAUCCAGAGCUAGCUGAUGUCCAAUGGUACGGGCAGGAAAAAGCCAAGCCCGGGACCCUCGUGUGAGCUGGCCGGGCCAGAUGUGACCACCGCCACGCCAUUCCAAGUCACCUCACUGCCUCUCAUUUGCCUUACCCAGAUGCACUGUCACCUGCACCAGCUUCGGCCCUCAGCACUUUUCUUUUCCUGACUCCACAUCCCUUUCACCCUCAAAAACCUGACUGAGGAGACAUUCUGGAAGGUUCCGAACCCACUGUGUGUCCCCUGGCUCUCUUGCCCAGAGAGCCAGAUAACAAUCCUCAAUGGCACCUUGGUAGUUUCCCCUCUGCCAUGACAGCCCCAGGCCACAAACUGUCGGGAAGCCAACACAUGCAAUCCUGUGGAAGAGAACAGAAAAAAAAGCAAGUCCUGCCUGCAGACUGCGAAGCUGUUUCGGGCUGCCACCCUAAGCUGACCGAGUGCUUCGAGAGGAGAGCGAGUGCCUCAUGGGGACAUCAGUUUACACCUGAAAUAAAUAUUCUGUAGUGAAACAGCCAGCAAGAGUUCCUAAGGGGAAGCAUGAAAAAGGAAGAUUGGUGCUUCAGAGAUUCAUUGGAGGGUCACGAUCGGUUCUAUGCUGCCAAAGAUUAGACACAUUCAACCAUGAACAGAUAGGAGGGGCCAAGAGGAACACACUUUUUCUGCAGUGAAAUGUCAGUUCUAAACUGUUCCUAUGCAGCACAAGUGAAAGUCAACCAUUUGCAGACCACAUCCUGUCAUGACCCUUCUCCUGGAGCACCCCGUGUCCCCCUGAGAGCCUGGGAACAAACCCGACAGGAUGGUGAAGAUGAAGGAGGCUUGGCUGGCCUGGCAGACUCGGACUCUGGACAUGGGAGGAGGAGCAGGGUACCGUUAAGACUGCCCUAUGCAGGGGCCUCAGCCUAUGCCCCCAAAGCUUCUUUCCUUUUGGGAUGGGGAGGAAGCUAAAGGUGAUCAUUGCCAAAAGCAGUUCUCUCUUGUUAAAACAACCAGUAAAAGUGUAACCUUUCUUUUUUUGUACAAGGCCUUUCAUUUUCCUUUUUAUGGGAAACCAAGGGAAAAAAAGCACAUUGCAAUCUAGUCAAGUGUUUCACUGUUGUGACUCAUUUUAUGUUUGUUAACACUUGUAUGAACUCGGACAGACCUCUGCUGUGUGUUGCUUAGUCAGAGAACUCAAGUCCGCCCUUAGGUAGGAAGACUUUUACACAUGUCUACCAGUCGGCAGGCCGAGCAGAGUUGAAACAACUCGGCUCCCAAAGGGCCCACCCCCCUCCAGCAGUAUCUGUGACCUUGGUAGACCACCUCUGCCCACAGAUACCAAGAGGAUAAAAGGCAAAAAACCACAAAAGCAUGCGUGCAAGCUGCUCGUUUACAUGUGUUUUGAGCUAUGCUUAACACACAACCACAAAGCCAUCAAUCUUCAAAGGCCUCAGAACUACUUUUGUAAUAACUAACCAGUGCACAGUCUUAGUUGGGUUACUAGCGAUGGCAGUCUCUGUGGAGGUAGUGCGGCUGGCAGGGGUUACCUCUGUAAUGUCUUCCUGUGGGAAGGGCAUCUAGGAUCAGGAGCCAGGGUGGAAGGAAAGCAAAUCGAAAAGUUAGCUGUGGCAUCAAGAGAGAAAACUUUCUCAUGUAUGUAAAUCUAAGAAUAAUAGACACUACCAGACCAGGAAGGUAAGAAGUGGAUAGCAGAAAGGACUAACUAACCCUGUUGCUCACUCUGCAGUUGGCUUGGAAACCUCUAGAAGUCAAGUGGGAGCAUUCAUACCAUGUAGCCUGAGGCCUUACCUCACCCAUUCAAGGUUGGGUACCCCAGAGCUGGGCAUGGUUGGCGUGAUGAGCCCAGCUUCUAGAAGCAGUACUCUACCCAGACACUUCAGCGAUAACCCUGUAGGAUGAGUAGAAACUGGAUUCGAUGGUAUAAAAUGACCCUGGGGCUCCGUGGAGAUGGGGCUACCUUUUUUGCUCCUACUAUGAUAAUCGGAGCUACACAAAGCAGGUUUAUUUGGGGAUUAUUUCUUCCUUUCUUAGCUAAUAGAAAAUGUGACACAUUGUGCCCCAUCUUCUUUCUUCCAAAAGGAGUUGCCUGAAUAAUUAGCCUGAACUAUGGUGCAACAGAAAGUGUCCAAAAGGAAACGAAGGGCAAGUCAAGGUUCCAGGUUAUAACAGAGACAGCAGUUUGAAAAUCAAUUCUGAAGUCCUUCAGAUUUAUGAGAUGCAGAAAGAGUCUAAAUGUAAUAGAUUUGGGGAGCAGAGGGAAAUGGAACGGGAGCUGUGAACACCAUCACGAUAGUCUGGUAGUAAGGACAGAGAUUAAGUAAAACAGGUUUUACUGUUUAGCUGUGUUCGGUUAAUACAAUGUACAUAAUAUAAUAAGCAUUAGUCCUUUGAGACUGACAUGAUAAAUGGUCUCUGUGGUUGGUGGUGAAUGCUCUAGGUAUUGUAUUCAAGCACCUGCAAACUCUUCACAGAUCUCUAUUUCUUUAAAGGAAGAUGAAAUACAAAGUUCCCAGUCAGAAGCCCCUAUUGGAUUCAUUGGAUACAUGUAAGAAAUUGCUUGUUUCAGCCAGAAGACUAUGUUGUGAGCCAGGUUGGUUUAUUUUGUUAUAUGCAGGUGAGUGUUGGAGUGUUCAAAGCCCGAUUUGUUUUCAUCCAGUAUUAGUUUAGUUCUAAAUAUAGCAAGCCUCACCCAGGUGCUAUCAGAUGACCAAUUACUGCUUAGUUAACUAGGUGUAAAGUUUUACAUAUCCAUUCAUGUCAAUAGUUUAUUACAAGUUGUGUAAAAUGGACUCUAGUUUAAUAAUUGGGGGUAGGGGGGAAGAUUAGGUUGCUCCUGAAACUGACUGUAGAGCAUGUAAAAUGAUUUUACUGGAUUCUGUUCAACUGUAAUCAAUGAAAAAGAUGUAUGUUGUAGACAAAGUUGCAGAAUUAAAAAAAGAAAUCUGCUUUUAAUUUAUUCUUUUUGUAUUAAGAGUUUGUAUAGUACCUUUACAUUUUGCAGAACAGUGUUGUCAACACUUAUUAAAGCAUUUUCAAAAUGAAAACA